AUGGUUUUAGCCUCUCUGGCAUCAGACAUAGUGCAGCUUAAUCGAGAUGAUCUUAUCCAAAUCUGUGGAGUAGCUGACGGAAUUCGCUUGUACAAUACACUUCAUUCCAGAACUAUUCCUCCAAAAUUAACGAUCUAUGUUGCAAGCUCAGGUGACCAAGCUUUUCAUGCUGUUUACUUGGAGACUUUCUCAGUACAAGACUUAUUGCAGAAACUGAAAGACGUUUUCAGGCUUCAGAAGGAGACUGUGAACGGAAUCUAUAUGAUGGGUCCUUCAGGAAUUCAUUUUCAUAUCACAGAUAUGGUGAUCCAGAACAUGUCCAAUGACUCCAUAUACUAUUGUGAUACCAACAAAGAUCAUUCAUCUACAGGUUACAGCAUAUACCUUAAACCUCAGCAAUAA